CAGCCCUGGUCUGGUCUUGUAUUAUCAUUUCAUAACAAUAACACAAAAAUGUCAUUUACACAAAAACUAAAUUAUUACGCCAAACGAAAGUCAUUUAAAUAUGGCAUACCCUUUCUAAUUAUGAUGGUAGCCGGCUCAUUUGGACUGCAACAGUUUUCUAAUCUAAGAUAUCAGUACUCCAAAAUGCAACCUGUCUCGCCGGAAGAAAUGAAGAAGUACGGCGUGAGUAUGAAGAAACGUCAAGAAGUAACGCUCGAAACGGAAUAUGAUAAGGUUAAAGGCAUCGACAUUGACAAUUGGUCAAACAAGCGAGGUCCACGGCCGUGGGAAGAGGAGGAGCUAGCGGCCUUAUCUGCGGCCAAAUAAUUAUUGUGAAACAUUUGUGAUGUAGGCUUUAGCGUUCAUUUAAUAUUGUAAAUAAAUAAUUAUCUUCA